GGAAACAUUAGCCAUUGUAGUCAUGGGAUGUAAUGAUAUCUAGAAGCAUAGUAUCUUCUAUAGUUGUAGCAGACUGUGGAGUAUCUAGCUACCUAGUAGUCUUCCGAGUACCGGAAAUGGAUUUCCCUAAGAAGUAGAUGCCAGAAGAUUGCUGCAGAAAGAAGCUAUGAAACCGCCAUGCAAAGGCUUUUCCUAAGGAAGGAACAUAAAUGCACAAGAUGGGAAGUAACAGCACAAACAGUAUGAGAAUAAAGUGCACUGAUCAACAAAUGCUGUUUCAGUACUCCUUCUUGGCAACCACCUUUAUCUUUGGGCAGGAGCCAUAACUCUAUAGUUCACCUUGAUGAACAUACUGAAAUAUUCAAGAUGGGCAGCAACAGUACCAGUACUGCUGAGAGUUAUUGCAAUGCUACACAUCUGACAUUUCAGUACUCUCUGUAUGCAACCACCUAUAUCUUCAUAUUCAUCCCUGGUCUCCUGGCUAACAGUGCAGCCCUGUGGGUUCUGUGUCGCUUCAUCAGCAAGAAGAAUAAGGCCAUCAUUUUCAUGAUCAACCUCUCAGUGGCAGAUCUCGCUCAUGUCCUGUCCUUACCUCUCCGGAUUUACUACUAUAUCAACCGUCACUGGCCAUUCCAGAAAGCCCUUUGCCUGCUCUGCUUUUAUCUGAAAUAUCUCAACAUGUAUGCCAGUAUUUUUUUCUUGACAUGCAUCAGCCUUCAGAGGUGCCUCUUUCUCCUCAAGCCAUUCAGUGCCAGAAACUGGAAGCGUAGGUAUGAUGUGGCCAUCAGUGCUGCCAUCUGGGUCAUUGUGGGAACUGCCUGUUUGCCACUUCCCAUCCUGAGAAGUGCUGGGUUAGCCAACAACAAGGACUCCUGCUUUGCUGAUUUAGGGCUUCAUGACAUUAGUAUGGCUUCCUCCAUUGGCAUGGUAACUGCUGCUGAACUUGGAGGGUUUGUAUUACCUGUUGUAAUUAUUAUGUAUUGCACAUGGAAAACAAGAAAAUCUUUACAGGAAUUCCAAGAUACACCUCAGAAUAUUAAAGAAAGGAAAAAGGCUUUGAGGAUGGUCCUAAUGUGUGCAGUGGUAUUCAUAGUGUGCUUCACUCCUUACCAUCUCAAUUUCCCAUUCUUUAUGAUGGUGAAGCAACAUGUCUUCUCAAAUUGUUCGUUUAUUAAGAGCACUCUGUGUUUCCACAUCAUUUCCUUGUGUCUUGCAAAUUUGAAUUGUUGUCUUGAUCCAGUUGUUUAUUAUUUUAUGACUUCAGAAUUUCGUGAUCAAAUUUCAGAACAUGGCAGUUUGGUCAUCCAGUCAUGUGUGCGAUGUAAGGACAGUACUUUGGAAAUUCAUCAGAGGAAAGAGAAUCUUCAGACUAUCUCUCUUGAAUGUUUGGAUGUUCCAACACAAUGUGAUGAAAUAAUUAUCUAGAAUAACCUUUAUACUCUGUCAGAUCAGCCAUGCCAUUUCAAAGUGGAUACUGAGUGUAAUGAAGAAACAUGGCCACUUCACUCAAAAUAAUCUGUUUACAGGAGUUCUCUAUGCCAAGAUAAUCUGUGGACCUUCUGAGAAAAAAACUUUCUUCACACAAAGUGAUAAUCAACAGAAAGAGUUCCACACCUGUUCCUCAGCAAUGAGACCAAUGUUCUCAUCUUUUCCUGAAAAAAACAAAAUAUAAUAAUAACUAGUGGACAUGUAUAAGUUAUCUUAUCAUUGAGAAAUCUGCAUCAGAAUAUGACCCUAAUUUUAUUUUGAAAGCAUACACUACUUGUGCCAAUUGUAUUACAGAAAGAUGACUUUUCGUAUUAAUAUAAAUUAUGAAAAUUAAAAACAUUAUAACUACAUAUAUAUAUGAUUUUCUUUUUCUCACCUUGAAAGAAAAAGAUUGAUUCAGAUGAGCCUUUCAAAAUUACCAUGGAAACCACAAUGCAAACACCGUAAAUAGAACUGUGCUCUGCAUAUUUAACAAACUUGAGGUUAAAGAUUUAAAUUGAAAUCUCUCUGCCUAAUGUCUGUCAGUUUGUGAUGUGAUGUAAUGACUCAUUUUUGUUUACUGGCACUACUUGGGAAAUAUUCUCAUCUAUCUGUUUACUAAAAUCAAUGGCGUCAUUUCCCGGCUAGGUUGAUUGUUUCACAUGUCACUUCAGAUACAACUUCAUUUGAUAUAUUUAAAUCAGCAGAUUAAAGAAGAAUCACACAAUACAUACAGUUUUCAUUUUGCUAAGGUUUAGUUGAACCUAAGAUUUUACAAGCAAAAUACACCAAUGAACUGAACUGAAUCCUAUCAUUAAUGCAGAACAAGCAUUGUCAUUAAAAAAAUCCCUGUUGUUGCAUCAUUACUAACAUAAAUGUUUCCCACUGGAAAUUUUGAAACUAACCAUUUCUAAAUAUUGGAGAUCAUUAAAAUGAAAUUUUAUAAAGCAAUGGUUAGUUUAUUUCUGUUUUUGUCUUGUCUAUUUUUGAAUGGCCUUUAAUUUUUAUUAUAUUUUUGGAUUAGUAUAUACGGGAAUGUAUUUCAUUGUGAUAUUUUCAUAUGCACACAUCACUCUACUUUCUUAUCUACUCCCCACAGUCUUUUUUGACUGCCCUCCAAUUCUUGUUUGUGCCCUUUCUUCCUCCUUACAUUCUCCUUUCUUAAUUCUUGAUAGAAAUAUUCUGUUACCUGUUGUAUUUGAUUACCUCCCUUAUCAUACUUUGCGUGUGUCCCUUUAUAACUUUCCUCUACAUCUCUACUUUCAUGUUUCAUGUGUGUGCAUAUAUAUUAUUAUAUAUGAUAAAAAUUGAUAUUUGUCUGGUUUAUUUUGCUUAACAAACAGAUCUUCAGUUUCAUUUGUUUCCCCAAAAUGCUGUAAUUGAAUUCUUUAUAGUUAAAUAAAGUUCCAUCAUUUAUAAUACUACAUUUUAUUGAUCCAUUCAUUUAUUGAUGGACACCUAGACUGGUUCUAUAUCUUUGCUAUUGUGAACAGUUCAACAAUAAACAUGCAUGUGGAAACA